AUGAGGCAACUGGAGCGGCAUAGGUCUUGGCCAGAACGGGAGCUGGAGCGGCAUACGAGACAGUCUUGGCCAGAACUGGAGCUGGGGCAGAGUAGGUGACAGCUGGAGCGGCAUAGGAGACAGUCUUGGCCAGCACGGGAGCAGGAGCAGAGUAGGUGACAGCUGGAGCAGGAGCAGCAGCAUAGAUUGACUUGGUGACCACGGCAGCAGGUGCACUGUAGAGAGUCUUGGGCGUGUAGACGUUGUUGGUGGUGCGCGAGUCCACCUUGCUGAAGCUGGAGUAGGGUGUCACGACGCUCUUGGACUGGGUGGCGACGGUGCCGCCGAACGAGCGCACCACAUUAUGCUGGGUGGUGCCGACGGCAUCGAAAUGUGGCUGCGCCACCUUGGUCAGCACGGGAGCAGCGGCCACAUAGCUGGUGGGAGCCAGGUAGCCAGCAUUGGCGGCGCCGAGCACAGCGCAGAUGGAGAGGAGGACGUACUGGAAUGCCAUGACUGCUGGGUGAGGUUGUUGUUUAACUGCAACUGGAAUGGUUACUGAUGCCUAACUGGAGCGGCGCCGCAGCUUAAAUAGCCAAAAAACCAACUGGCCAAAAUGUGUUGGCCAAAAACAUUUCACGGUCGCAAUGGCCUUAACAUUUGCGAGACAGCGCGACUUAGGCCUAAGCCGCCGCCCCAAACAAACCAAAACUGAAACUGGUUCAAUGGGUCGGCAAAUGACGAGCCAAAAAGCCGUCCAAAUUGGAGCUCGAACUGGAGUUGGAAUUGGAGUGGGAGUCGAUGUCGAUGUCGAAGUUCGAAAAGUGAAUUAUUUUGAAUACUAUCAGCAGCUCAUAAAUUUUCCAGAGAACAACAACAACAGCAAAAAACUUUUAUUGCGUUCGCGCGUAUUUUUCCAUUAAAUUGAGUUCAACUCAAGCAGCAAAUAUGCCCCGCCCACCACGGCCCAGUCAAGGACUCUUCAGCUUGUGUCAACUUUUUGCUGUGGGGAUGUUAUUUUUCUUUUUCUUUUUUUUUUUACUCUUGUUGUUUAUGAUUUUUGUACUUUCGUGCAAGUUUUUUGGUGCUGCUCCUGUGGCACACGGGGCGCAUGAUGAAUAUUUAUUGAAAUUACCAAAGUUGCCGCCUGUCCCCCAAAUUGAAUUGUGUUGCCAACUUGGGAUGACUGCCACGCCCCAUUUCUUUAGCCGCCUGUGUUUUAGAUACUCGCAUUUUUUUUUUUUUUUUUUUUUUUGGUUUCUUUUUCUUUUUUGUUUUUGGCAAAUUGUUAUUAAUUUUACACGUGUGCCGUUGAGUCCGUCGCUCAGCAAACGUAAUUACGACGUUUAAUUUAUGGUCACAAAUUGGCUUUCAAAUAAUUGCCAAAUACUCAACGGACAGACAGAGAGACAUUGAGACAGUCAGACAGACAAUCCGGCUCAGCAAUACAACAAUUUCGCAUCUCUCAUUGUGGGCCGGCUCAAUUACCAAACAUUCGUCGUUUUGGCACGCGUCAGCCGCGUAUAAAAGCCGCAACAUUUUGGCCAAAUCAGCAUCAGUCGCAGCCCAGUCAGCCGUCAGCUAGCAACAGUUAUUCGUUCCAUUCCGCACAAUGGCCUUCCGUUACGUCAUCUCCCUCUGCGCCCUGGUGGCCUAUGCCAAUGCCGGUCUCCUGGCCAGCCAUGUGGCCGUGGCUAAUCCUGCCGUGGAUGCCGUUGCCUCCACGCAGCAAAAUGUGGUGCGCUCCUUCGGCGGCACCGUCUCCAGCUACUCCAAGGCCGUUGACACGCCCUACUCCAGCGUGCGCAAGACAGACACUCGUGUCCAGAACAAUGUGUACACCCCGGCCAUUGCAAAGACCACCUAUGCGGCUCCUCUGUACACUCAGGCCACGCCUCUCGUGCAGAAGACUCUCUACGCUGCUCAAGCUCCAGUGCUGGCCAAGACCGUGUCCUAUGGCGCCCCAUCCUUCACCUACUCGGCACCUGCUCCGGUCGUGGCCAAGACUGUUUCCUAUGGUGCUCCAACUGUCACCUACUCUGCUCCAGCUCCCGUUCUGGCCAAGACCGUCUCGUAUGCUGCUCCUGCUCCAGUUUUGGCCAAGACCGUCUCCUACGCUGCUCCUGCUCCUGUGCUGUCCAAGACUGUCUACUCGGCACCCGUGAUCGCCAAGAGCUAUGCCGCCCCAGCUGUCGCCUAUGCCGCACCACUGGCCACCACCAACGUGAACCAUGGACCAAGUGCCACCACCUACACCCACAAUGCACCCGCCCUGGGCGUCUCCAGCUACGGCAGCUCCCAGACCGUGCGCUACUCGCCCGCCGAGAGCGUCUCCCACAUGAGCUUCGAUGGCUUCGGCACCCACUGGGGCUUCUAGACACGAGCUGGCGCCACGAAUUGUUGAAACUUCUUGUUAAUGUUGAUUAAUUCGUUAAUAUUGAUAAUAAAACAUAUUGAAAAAAAAAAAAAUCAUAUUUGUGUUAAACCUUGGCAAAGCUUCCGUUUCGAGGCUGGGCCGCAAGUCUUUGGCGGGGCU